AUGAAAGGCAACCGCAUACUGCCAAACAACCAUUUCCGCAAGACUUCUCUCAAGAUAAAGGUCCACCACGAUCCCGAGACGAAGCUCAGGAUUAUGAAGGAGAAAAAGAUUCGAAAGGCCAAGUCAUUGUUUCCAAUGCCUCUGGAAAAGCUCCGACCCAUAGUUAGGUGCCCAACUAUUAGAUAUAAUAGAAAUGAAAGGCUUGGAAGGGGCUUCACAGCAGCCGAGUGCAAUAAGGCAGGGCUUGACUACAGGCAUGCAAGACGUCUUGGAAUAGCUGUUGACCUUCGAAGGAGGGAUACCAAUCAAGAGACUUUGGACAAGAAUGCUGAGCGUAUCAAGACCUAUUUGAGCAAGAUUACCAUAUACGAAAGCAUUCAAGAGGCAAGAGAAAAAGGUGCCAAGCCGUAUGCAAAGGAGAUCAUGCCUCUUCCCAAGACCAAGCCUGUUGUUGAGUCUAUUUCAAGGGAAGAAAUUGCUUCUUAUGAAUAA